AUGGGAUCAUCCAUAGCUAACAACCUCAUAAUCUACAUCUCAUCAAUAACCGCAUCACUUUCCUAUUGCUACUUCAUAUCUUCAAAGCUCCCAAAAGGUCUUUGUAGAUUCAUCUCUCUCAUCCCAAUCCUCUACCUCUUCACCAUCCUACCCCUCCUCUUCUCCUCCGUCUUCCCAACUGCGGUCGCGUUCUCAUUCACCACAUGGCUCACAAACUUCAAGCUCAUCCGCUUCGCAUUCGAUCUCGAUCACUCCCCAUUUCACCCAUCCUAUUCACUCCUCAAAUUCAUCACCUUCACUUCAUUACCAAUCAAAUCCAAAACCGCGCAUCAUAACUCCACAAAUUCGGUUCCAAACAGGUUCCGGUUCAAGCUAGGGUUUGAGCUUCUCAUCUUCUCCAUACUUGUAAAAAUAGUAUUGAACUACCGAACUCGAGUUCAUCAAAAACUCAUAUCGUUCAUAUACGGUUGGUUACUAUUUCUACUAAUCGACAUUGUCGCGUACAUAUCCAACGCUUUGUUGUUUCUUCUCACCGGAUUAGAGCUUGAACCACCGUCCGAUCAUCCAUACCUCGCUACAUCGUUACAAAACUUUUGGGGAAGAUGGAACCUCUUGGUAACAACUACGCUGCGUCACACCGUAUACAAACCCGUUCUGUUAGCAUUUUGUAACUAUAAAUGGGGCCCACUGGCUGGAGUAUUGGUGUCGUUUCUUGUUUCAGGGUUGAUGCAUGAGGUUUUUGUUUACCAGUUGUCACGUGCGGCUCCCACGUGGGAGAUGACGUCGUUUUUUAUGUUGCAUGGAGUGUGUGUGGUGGUGGAGAUGAUUGUUAAGAGAGGGUUGAGUGGUGGACGAUGGCGGUUGCCGGAGGUUGUGGCGUGGUUGUUGACGAUCGGUUUCGUGUUUGUGACGGGUGUUUUGAUGUUUAUUCCGCCGUUUAUUAGAGGGCGUGUGGAUGAGAAAAUGAUUCGGGAGUAUAAGACGCUUGUCGAGUCUGUAAAAUCUAAAUAUUUAUGA